GUGUUACUAUUUGGGUUUCGUGUGAAAUGCACGAAUUCGAUAGCCCAGUCUCAAGCAGACGAUGCGGCAGCGGUGGUUCACUUUCGGUUUCGGUUUCCUUUUUUUUGCAUCAAAAAGUAAAAUGAGACAUUCGAUAACAUAAAUAUAUUUUUGUGCAUAUUUUUUGUCGCGCAAUAUAUUUUAAAUGUUUUAAAAUUGUUUAUAAGUUAUAACCAACGUAAUUUGUAACCACGGGUAACAAUCUGUGACACUAGUGGCGUCACAAGCGCCGCUCUAGCAGAAACAACAUGGCCGCCUUGUUUUGAAGCAGUUCUUGCGCCGAUCGUUGUGUGGACGUUGUUCAUUCUCGAACUUCACAAUGGGCUCGUCAAAGAAGCACAAGGAGCGAGACCGUGAUAAGGACAAAAGCAAGGAGAAGAAAAAGUCUAGGCGGUCCUCUCGUUCGAGGUCCCGGGACCGGGACGGCAAAGACAAGGACAAGCACCGACAUCGUAAGCGGACUCGCACUGCCGACGAAGAAACUCAGCCUGCGGAAAAAGUCCGACUCAAAGAGGACCACGUCUCGCCCUCGAGGGUCAAGCAGGAACACGCGGAGUCGGAAGGCGAGUCGUCGAGCUUUCGGGACAAGUCUUCCCUGAGCAUCGAGGAAACCAACAAGCUCCGGGCCAAGCUUGGGCUCAAACCACUGAACGUCGAUGGCGGUGGUAUCCCAGGUCUCGGGGAUGCGCCACCCGGAGACGUGGACGAGGACCAGACGGAAAAGCGUCAGGAGGUCUUUGUCAAGACGGAGAACAUCCACGACAAGCUGGAGGUGCAGAAGCUCCGGGAGAAAAUCGCCGCCAACCGUGACAAGCGGAGGGUCCAGGACAAAUACAGGGACGUCAAGAGCCUGGGGGAUGGGGACGACGACGACGCCCUGCUUUGGGUCCGCAAGAGCCGCAAGCUGCAGGAGGAGAGGCAGAAGGCCGAGAAGAGGGCCAAGCUACUAGAAGAAAUGGACGAGGCAUUUGGAGUGGGCAAGUUGGUGGAAGAAGAGCUCAGGACUACAAAGCACUACAGCGCCAAGCACCUCAAGGGGCUGGAGGUGUUGCACAGCACGGACAGAAUCAAGGAAGGACAGACGGUCGUCCUCACCCUCAAGGAUCAGGGGGUGCUGGACGAGGGCGACGACGUGUUGGAGAACGUGAACCUGGUGGACGAGGAGCGAGCGGAGCGCAACCGGGAGAACAAGAAGGGCAAGCCGGGGUACCAGCCCUAUGACGACACCGAGGUGGACGAGUUCGGCAUCGUGAAAAAGAGGAGCCUACUGUACAAAUACGAUGAGGAGAUCGAAGGCAUCAAGCAGGACAAGUUCAAGAUCGGUACCGGAAACACCGAGGCAGACAGGGAGCGCGAGCUGGAGAUUGUCCGCAUGAAGCUCCGGCAAAAACAGCAGGAUUCCCUGGUGAUGCCAGCGCCCCAGAUUGCCACCGAGUACUACACUCCCGACGAAAUGUCGACGUUCCGCAAGACAAAGAAGAAGGUGCGCAAGACACGUAAGCGGGAGCACCUAAAGCCAGACGACCUCGAGCCGCUUCCUGGGAAGGACGACGCCUCCUCGGCCAAGGACCACGGCUCCAGGCGUCGAGCGGAGAAGUUUGCAGAGCCUGUCUACGUCAACCCGCAGAGCCAGCAGUUCUUUGUGGAUGCCAACAAGGCUUCCGGCAACGCCGAUGACGACGAGGUGGUGGGUCCGGACGAAGACCUGGCCGGCGUGGCGGUGGAAGAAGACGAGCUGGAGCAGACCUUGGAAGCUGCCCUGAGCAAGGCACGCCGGCUGAGGCUCAACCAGAACCGCCCUUUCGAGAAGGUGGCCGAGUCGGUGCUCAAGAUGGGGCUGGCAGAGAGUGACGACCCCUCCCAGAAGUCGAUCGUGCUCAAUUCGACAGCCGAGUUCUGCCGCACCCUGGGAGACAUCCCCACCUACGGCAUGUCGGGCAACCGGGACGAGGAGGCCGAGGAGCUCAUGGACCUGGAGCCCGAGGAAGACGCCGAGGCCAACGACCCGACCAACCGGGGUACCUGGAACGAGGUGGACCUUGAGGAGAAGCCCGUCGAGAUCAAGGAUCGGGAGAAAGAGCCCAUCCUCGAAGAGGAACCCGACCUCUCGGUGGGCGUUUCGGGGGCGCUACGUCUCGCCGUCAAGAAAGGCUACAUCGAGACCGAAGAGAAGAACAGUGCCCCACCGACCAAGAACAGUGAGCUCCACGCACAGUCCUACACCAUCGAGGAGAAGUUCUACGACGACGACAAGGCGAGUCGCCGGGAGCGCUACUCCGGCCCGCUGUCAGAGUUCCGCGAGAAAGAGGCGUACAAGCCGGAUGUGAAGCUGGAGUACAUUGACGACGGGGGCCGCCUGCUCAACGCCAAGGAGGCCUUCCGCUACCUCUCGCACAAGUUCCACGGCAAGGGCUCCGGCAAGAACAAGGUGGACAAGCGACACAAGAAGCUCGACCAGCAUGCCAAGCUGAAGCAGAUGAGCUCGACGGACACGCCCCUCAGCACGUUACGGUUACUCCAGGAGAAACAGAAGGAGCUGCAGAGUCCCUACAUCCUCCUCAGCGGGGGAUCCAAAGCCCUCAACCAGAGCUCCCUGAUGAAGCCAAAGUGAUCGACCACACCUCUUCCAGAACCGCCUUGUACGUUACAGCUGCACUUUCAUCAAUAAACACUGCCGAUCACAUCAGCAGUACCUCGAA